AUGAAAGUACUUAUCGUCUUGGCAGUUAUCAUUUUGAGCGCCAGUGCUCUUUCACUAAACGAGCAUUGGGAAAGCUUUAAAGCCCAACAUAGCAAAAUUUACAAAAACCCAAUUGAGGAAAGAGUCCGCUUUUCAGUUUUUCAGUCAAAUCUGAAACUUAUCAAAGAACACAACGCCAAAUACGAGCAAGGACUUGUAGGCUACACAAUGGGUAUCAAUCAGUUUGCCGACAUGACCCCAGAAGAGUUUAAAGCCAAGCUCGGUAUGCAAGCAAAGAACAUCCCUAACAUCAAGAAAACUCGUCAUAUUCAAGAUGUAAAUUCUGAGGUUCCAGACUCAAUUGAUUGGAGACAAAAAGGUGCCGUCUUAGGAGUUAAAGAUCAAGGAAACUGCGGAUCUUGCUGGGCUUUUAGUGCUACCGGUUCCCUCGAAGGACAAAACAACAUUAUCAACGGAGAAUCAAUAGCUCUCAGUGAGCAAGAACUUUUGGAUUGUUCCACAGACUACGGAAAUGGUGACUGCCAACAAGGUGGUCUUAUGACCAACGCUUUUGAAUAUAUCGAAGACUACGGAAUCCAAUCUGAGCACGAAUAUCCCUACGAAGCGAAACAAGGACAAUGUAGACGCAGCCUUCACAAAGCUGUACUUGAAAUUCAAGGUUACAAAGAAGUAGCUGAUAAUGAAGAAGCUUUAAGACAAGCUGUUGGUACUGUUGGUCCUAUUUCUGCAGCCAUGUACGCUGAUCCAAUCCAGUUUUACUCAAGUGGCAUAUUUGACGACAAAAAGUGCGUAAACGACAGUGGUUACUUGGAUCACGGAAUUCUCGUCGUAGGCUACGGUGAGGAAAAUGGCAAGCCCUACUGGAUUGUCAAAAAUUCAUGGGGUCAAGACUGGGGUGAGCAAGGCUACUUCAGGCUGCUCAGAAAUGCUGAUUUAUGUGGUUUAGCUUUAAUGACAAGUUAUCCAGUUUUGUAA